AUGGCGGUGCAGACCCAGAUGAGUCGCAGCAUGAUCUUUGCUGUGAAGACUGCUGAGUCCAACUUCCGGCAGUGCCUCGCAACUGGCAAGAGCAGCACUUGGCUGCCAGCUCUGCCUGGCGCAGGAAGUGGAACGAGAGCCUUACUUACACAGGACGUCUUUGGCCAGGGAAUCCGCUGCAACGAGCGGCGCAAGACGCCUGAUCUGCAUCUCUUUCUUCUGCACGGCGCAGGUGGGGCACGCUCCCCAGGUCCCUUCGCAGAACUGCUGCUGGCAGACGAGGUGUUCGCGACCGAGCUGGAGAUGAAGUCUCUGAGCCCUGUCUUGCAGAGGUCCCUGGUCUUUGUGAUCUUCUCUCUGCGCGGCUUUACCUAUGCACCGACGUCGUUAGUUUUGGUUGUGCCUUAUCUCGAAAUCUUCAUGAUCAAUCAGGCGUUUGUGGCCUCCGAGGCAGGAUGGGUGCAGAAAACACCGCCGGAGGUGGUGUCCAAGUAUCUAGGCUUACCGCCAGAAUCAGAUGGAGUAUUCCUGAUUCCCUUCUUCAUGCUUCUGAUAUGGGCUAUACCUGCAGUGGUUUCACCAGCGUCGGCGCUGGUGCCCGUGGCCUUCGAUAACUGUGUCCUCGGCGGCCAAGGCACCUCUGCCGCAUCCGAUGCCAAUGAAAGCUCCAUGCAAAGCUUCGAGGCAUAUCGAGCCAUCUUUCAGUUUGAGGAGCGUGUUGCGGCCCGGUCUGCGGAUCUUCGCACCUACGCCCUGGCGAGAAAUGAAGAUCACGCGCUGGAGCUACAGCACCUCUUACACGUCAGCACGGGCCUUGGACGGUCGAUGUUAGAGAUGUUGGGAUGGGCAGAGGCUUUUGGGGGCGAGCUGCAAGAUUUGGUGGAUUUUGCUCCGGGGCACCCCUUUGUCCUAACACGUUUCCUGCAAUCCUCACGUGCAGAAGCCGUUGGCUUCUUGCUGCUGGCACCACCCACAUUCGUCUUCACAGCGAGUGAAGACAUCGUCCUGCAACGGAACCUGAUGACGGAAGACCUGUUGACGGGUCAGCUGAACAGCCGGCCGCUGUUCCUGGAGGAGCGGCCACGCUGUGAGGUGGUGGUGUCGGAGUGGCUACGUGAAGGCAGCUACUACCAGCAUCAGCUGACCAUCUUUCUCCCUCCGCUUGUGGGCUUCCGCACGGACUUGCGAUACCGUGUGGAGGUCGCGGUGCGGAAUCCUCCAUUGCCCCUGGACGCAGACCUGCUGACCCGGGCGCUGCGCGAGAAGACUUCUCCGAAGUUCUCAACGUCCCCGCUCCUGGCCGCGGCGCUGAACGUCUGGCGAGUCAGUACCUUUGUUUGGGCGGCCGGCGACACGGGCAUAGGCGAUGUUCCCUUUGCCGUCGGUGGCGGCAAACUUGGUGGCAUUGCGAAAGUCGACGAGGCUGCCUGGAAAGGCUUCGACGUGUUGCUAAACACCUAA